CAAGGGGAAAGUCUACCCUUGAGCAGAACACCUUUCCACUGCCUGGGUCAUCUAUAGGCCCCUUAACCUCUUGGUUUCUUGAAGUCUUACUUGUAAAGUCACAAAGGUUCUAUGAAUUACCAUUUGGGGCAGGGCAAGGUUAAGAAGAACUUGUCCUUGCUUUUAUUUUUCCCACCUGGAGUGCCUUCCCUCUCCUCUCCAUAGGUCCCAAUUCCCCUUUCCCUUCAGGCCCACUGCCAAGGAGCCUUCCCUGAUUCCCUAGCCCACACAAAUCUCUGCCUUUCCAACUGUGGAAUCCUUAGGCUCAGUGCCAAACACCCUGGCUGUCUCUUAGGUUAAUCUUGCCCUUCAAGCCAAUCUCACAAUGUGGGCCUCUUGCCCUCCCGUGACAGCCCACAGGUACACUCCACAGGAAAUGGCUACUUGACUAAGGCAUGGAUAGGGAGGCCUAGAUGGAAGGGCCAGGUAGGGUGCCCCUCUGCCUCAACCCUGCUCUGUUCUGCAAGAGAGCCUGAAGCCUGUCCAUCAAGUCACAAGGUUCCGUAUGUGACCUCACUGGGUAUCGAUGACCUCACUGUUGCCCUGGCAGCGGGACCACACAAACAUAGUGGCAGUUUGAGGCCAGACAGCAGUCUGGCUGCCUGAGCAAGGCAUCGCUGUCAUGCUGUGUGACCGCAUCUUCUAUAUCCAGCGUGAUUUAUCCUCUGUGCCCUGGCAGGGCUCAGCAGCAGCAGCGGCAACAGCAGUUUCCCCUUCACCUACACCUGGGUACCACCAUGUCCUCUACAAAGGGCGUGGUGAAACCCAGGUGAGCUGGCACGGGGAGACGUACUGCCUGGUUGGAGCCUACCGCUGCUAUGGGGAUGCACCCAUUCCCACCCCAGAAAAGAUGGAAGUGGAGAAGCCGGUCUCCAGGCGGGCACCCAAGAGACCUUCAACAAGCUCGUUCUCAGACGAAGAACUAGGUUGCCCCCCGCCCAAAAUUCAGCGGCUGCAACCUAGUGCCAAGAGGGAGACUCCACAGAAGCGUGCUGGCAGAGCCAUUGCUAGAAGGAAGACACGACGUUAACAGUUGAAAUACAGUGGUCCCACUUCCCGACCCCAUCACCACCUCCCACCCCACAUUAACUGUAGUUUUCUAAUAAAUUUCUAGUUUUCAUAAUAAUUUAUUAGCUGCAGUUAUGCAUUUAUUAGUCACAUACCGUUAAUAAAAACUGCCAUCUAUUCCUAGCGCCAGUGUGCUGCGUUGUCUCAGUGCCCAGAGAGCUUCUGCCAGGCGCACCCACAUGAUGUGUGUCCUUGUGUCUUGCCCCAGUCCAGUCCUGGGGCCACCUGG